GCCCAUUGCCCGGAAGCGGGAGAUGUAAACGUUCUUGUUAAUAUUACAGACUAGCAUCAUCAAAGAAGGUUCUGCAACUUGAAAGAUACUUUGAUAACUGUAUAUCUAUUAUUUAUUUCCAGUUGUAUCAGAUACAAGGUAUCAAGAUGGCGUCAGUUCAGUUCCAAAUCCAUACUGAUAAGGAGAAUUCAUCAUCACUGGGUUCAAAAAUGUUGGGAGGCAACCUGCAAGGUACUAAAGGUUUCCAGGCAGCAAGCACACAACAUCUAAAGACACCAAGGAGGGCUCUAGGCUCUGUGAACCAAGUAGACAGAGUGACUGUAAAACCUCAUCCACCUAGUUUAGAUUUAAAGGCCAGUGGAGGAAAAACUGUUGGAGAAAGCACAAAGCCUUCUGCUACCACAUUACUGAAGCCAGUCCUUGCCACAAACAAAGCAUUAAAAUGCACUCAGACGCCUGGAAGCACAAAAUUAAAGAAGCGACAGUCCCAACACCUUGAGAAGGAGAACAAAGUUGAAAGGGUUCAAUCCAAGGGGGAGAAAUCUGUGGCAAGCACCCAUUCAGUCGGCAUCAUUUAUGAGGAUUUACCAGAUAUUGAGUAUGUUCCUCCUCCUCCGCCACCAAAGGAUGACAGUGAUGAUGAAAGCAUAUGGCCUAGAAAGGAGAGAAUAAGCACCUACUUUACUAAAGUUCUAAAUUGGCGACCACCAUGUCUGUUUGGAGCACAGCCUGAGAGUGAAGAUGACGAGAUAACUGAACAACAAAUAAUUAUGACUGAAUUGGAUAAGAUACCUCUCCCUUGUGAAAUAGAAAAUAAUUUUCCAUUUGUCACCAUGGAGGGUCUUCAGCUGGAUGAACAAGAUCUUGAACUUGAGGCAGUUCCUCUUCCAUCUUUAGAUGACAUUGACCUUCCUCAGUGUGAAGUUCAUGUUAUUCCUAGUUCAUCAGAUCUGAGUGCUUUGGACGACUCUUUAGGUCUUUCAGCCCACCUGGGUGGCUUACAAAUAAAAGACGAUAGCUUUACCAGCCAGUCAUCCGGAAUUUGAUCAUAAGGCAUAUACAGUUCCUUGGUCCAUCUGAUCAGUUGACUGGCAUGUUCAGUGUGCAUGUGAAACCAUUUCUGGAUGCAGAAUGACGAAAUGAUAUUUGUGGAUUUUCCAACAGAUUUUCUUAUAAUUUUUUUUUUUUACCGCAAGAUGCAUCCUGUGUGACAGCCUUGAUACUUUGCAGCAGCUUUGCACUAUCUUUCAAGGAUGCAGUCACCUACCUGAAAUUUGCUUUGUGAAAUGUGAAUGGUUUUGGAGACUUUGCAACAGGUAGAGUUAAAUGCAUGAAGUCCUUAGUUCUGUAAUGUUUUUUUUUUUUUUUUUGCCUUAUAAUUCUCCGAAAUAUUUUGAAAUGACAAUUUUUUAAAAAUAUUUUCUUUUAUGUCUUUAGCCCAAUAAAUUUUCAUGUCUCAGC